AUGAGUGCCGGCCAACAUGACCCCUCGACGCCCUCCCGCGCAGAUGCAGACCCCUUCCCGGACAGAAACCCAAGGAACAACGCGGCCACAGCCGCCUCGGCAGCGUCCGUCCGCGCCCUCAGCGCCCAGGUCGUAGCCUUUUACUUUCGCGCCCCGGCCAAGGCCUUCUUCCGCACGCGGGUGGACUACCUGGGCUACGCGCGCACGCUGCACAAUGCCCAGACGGCGCAGAUGCUCAAGGCGCUGGCCAACGACAAGCACGCCUCGCGAGUCGGCAUGCUCAUGCGCCAGACGUGGCUCCUUCUCCGAAGCACGACACCCGGCGUGCUGGCCUCAGCUGUGCGGCACCAAGGAUGGAGUGUCAUUCCUCAGCAGAUCAUGCCGCCGCUGAUCGCCAACGUGGGCGUAGGCGCUGUCUUGUACACCAGUUACCUGCACAUCCUCGGUAGGCUGCACGAGGAGUCUGGUCGCGCGACCAAGAGGGUCUAUCCGCCCCCUGCGCCGCAGCACACGUUCAUGGCCGGUCUAGUUGCCGGGGGUAUCCAGUCCGUCGUUGCUGCGCCUCUGGAUGCGCUCCAGGCUCGCUUCGACCAUCGAGACCUCAUGCCCGCCGACGGCAACGGGAAGCCACGCAGCAUGUGGUCGUUUGGCGCGGCCAAGCUACGCGAGAUUGGUCUGCGCGGCAUCUUUGCGGGCUGGGGUCUCUCCUUUGCCAAGGACGGUCUGGGAAGCGCCGUCUUCUUCAGCACGUUUGAGUACAUCAAAGCACAAGGAUACUACCGCUUCGUCACGUGGUACUACUCCGGUCUCGGCGACGACAUGAUCGACCUACUCGCCCUGAAACGACCGACGCACAAGGACGACGAGGUGGGUACGACACAGAUCCGGCCACACUACGCGCUCGAGCCCAUGUUCCUCCUGCUGGCCGGCACGAGCGCCUCCUUUGCGCAGCAGCUCCUCCUCCACCCUCUCACGCAUUUCCAGGUGCAGCACUGGGACAACCUCGAGGAGAUUGACGCCAAGGCGCAGAAGGUCCGCGCCACGCCGCCCAAACGUCGCUUCCGCAUGCUCAGGACCUACUACCGCGCGUACCAGGCCUCGUACGCCGUCUGCGCGGCCGAGGCCAAGGCUGAGGGGACGGGUCUCGUUCGCUGGCUGUACAGGGGCUUCUGGUGGAAUUCGAUCCGCCAGGUGCCCAGUACGAGCGCUGGCCUCAUCAUCUUUGAGCUGAUUAGGCGCAAGUAUGGGUUCGGCGCGGAAGAGGUGCGCAUCACAAAGGAUGGGUAUGAUAUUCUCUUGACAUGA